ACAUACUUGACUGUUGAUCUUGCACGAAGACAAUUUUGUGCAUCAUCAGUUUGGCGCCGUCUGUAGGAAACGACUAAUUUUUCUACUCACUCAUUCCCCGGCAAUCACUACCCGAUCGAUGAGCCAGCAACCGGGAGACAACAACCCAGCUCACCGGGAGGAGGCUUUGCCUCCCACUGUACCUGUGGAACGUUUCGCUACUACCACUCCCGCCACUAGACAGCAGCAACAACUCCUCCAGACUAUGAAGCUACUGGUGAACCAAAACCAGCAAAUCAUCCAACUCAUGCUCUCCCAAGGAGGCGUCGCCCAUCACCCCGCAAAGAGGAGUCCCAAUCCCUCCAACAGGAGAGGAGCCGCUACUUGUCCUUUCCGGGCGCUAGGUCUCUCGCCAGAAUGUUCCAAGGCCACGGUCAGGGAGCCCCUCGUCAAGCGAUCCCUCCUCAACGCGCAGGGAGCACACAUGUUCCCCUUUCACAUGUGCCUGCGCAGGAGGACGAAGGAAAAAGUCAAUAUGGAGACCACGAGAGCCAAUACCAUCACCCGAUCGAAGAUGUCCCCAACCAGUGGGACGAGAAGAUUAGGGAAGUGCAGGACCAGCUUGGUAAUGCCCUCAACGCUAUCAAGGCGCAGGUGCCUGAAACCGUGGACUAUCUGGUAAGGCGCACUGAUACUCCUUUUGUUACUGACAUUGUUAAUUACCCGUUGCCUUCGAAGUUCAAGAUGGCCACCAUCGAGAUCUUCGAUGGCAUCAAAGACCCCAUCGACCACUUGGACACCAACAAAUCCCUCAUGUAACUACACAACAUGCCUGAGGAGAUUAUGUGUAGAGCCUUCCCUACCACCCUCAACGGCCCCGCACAUCAAUGGUUUGCAAAUAUCAAGCCCUCAUCCAUCCACUCCUUCAUAGAACUCAGCAUGUCCUUCGUCUCCCACUUUAUUAGGGGACAUCGAUAUCAGGGACUAGUGACCCACCUGCUCACCAUCAAGCAGGACAGGGAUGAAAGCCUGAGAGACUAUCUUGUCUGCUUCAAC